CAGACGGAGCUGUGCUGGCCACCGCUGGGGCGCCGGUGUCGGGCUGAUGAAAAUAAAUGCCUGCAGAGCGCACGGGAGGCUGACGGGCAUGGCGACAUAACGGGAGGAGACAUCGGAGCUGUUUGGACGGACACGGACAGAGAGACGGAGAGUGGCUGUCCCGUCUCAGCCAAACGGGACCUCGGUGAAAACUUGGGGCAGCUGCUGCGCUGUUGGAGGCAUCAUGGUUGUGUCGGUGCGGAGCUGGGUCGCCAACGAGGGAGGAAAGCACUUGGUCCUGGUCCUGUGGUUGGGAGCAAACACCUGGCUGUUCCUGAGAACUUUCCUGCUCUACUCCACUGGACAGCAGUAUUACUACCUCUACAAGAUGCUGGGGCUAGGGCUAUGCAUCAGCAGGGCGUCAGCAGCAGUGCUCAACCUCAACUGCAGCGUGGUGCUGUUGCCAAUGUGCCGCUCCCUCCUCACCUAUGUCCGAGGAACACACACGGUAUCAAGCAGGAAGACACGCAGACUGCUGGACAAGAGCAAGACCUUUCAUGUGGCGUGUGGAGUCGCCAUCUGCAUCUUCUCUGUGGUGCAUGUUUCUGCUCACCUGGUCAACGUUGUCAACUUCAGUGUUAGCUACUCUGAUGACUUCCCUGCUCUCAAUGUGGCCCGCUACAGGGGAGAGGACCCCAGGCUGAUCAUUUUAACAACAGUCCCGGGUGUCACGGGUGUCCUGUUGGUGCUCAUCCUCUUCCUGAUGUUUACAGCCUCGUCCUACUGCAUACGGGUAUCGAACUACGAGAUCUUCUGGUACACACACAACCUCUUCAUAGUCUUCUAUAUCAUCCUUAUGGUGCACAUGGUCGGUGGAGCUCUGAAGUAUCAGACCAACAUCGAGGCCCACCCCCCCGGCUGCCUCAGAGCCAAUCAGAGCAGCCCAGAGCAGCAGGGGGAGGAGUUAGAGCAGAGUGAGGAUGAGGAGAGGAGAUGCAGAGAGGAGGCUCACUUCCAACCCCACUGCCCCCAGACGUGGCUGUGGGUAUCAGGUCCUCUCUGUCUCUACUGUGCCGAACGUUUCUACCGCUACAUCCGGAGCAGUGACCCCGUUACCAUAGUAACCGUGAUCAGGCACCCCUGCAAUGUCAUCGAGUUGCGCAUGCUGAAGAGGGACUUCAAGGCUCGUCCAGGGCAGUACAUUGUUCUUAACUGUCCAGGUGUCUCUUCGUUUGAGAACCAUCCCUUCACGCUAACAACAUGUCCCACAGAGAACAAGGAAACUUUUGGCAUACAUCUGCGAGUCGUGGGAGACUGGACUGAGCGAUUCACAGAGCUGUUACUUCCUGAACAGGGGAUAGCAUCGGAGAUCCUCCCCAUGGUGCAACAGAGAAGAUACCCCAAGCUGUAUGUGGAUGGUCCAUUUGGCAGUCCGUCAGAGGAGGUGUUUAACUACGAGGUCAGUCUGUGUGUGGCAGGUGGAAUUGGAGUCACACCAUUCGCCUGCGUGCUGCACGCUCUGCUUAACGGCUGGGUGGGCUUCAGGUUGAGGAGGCUGUACUUUGUGUGGGUCUGCAGGGAGCUCAAGUCCUUCUACUGGUUUGCUGAGCUGCUGUGUGCGCUGCAUCAUAAGCUGUGGCAGGAGAACAGGCCUGACUACCUGAAUCUGAGACUGUAUGUCAGUCAGACAGACAAGCUGCAGAGCAUGUCUGAGGAGAAGUACCGGCCACUCAGCUCGAGGCUUCUGGUUGGCCGGCCCAGGUGGAAGUUACUGUUUGAUGAGAUUGGGAAAACCAAUAAGCAUAAUCGAGUAGGGGUGUUCUGCUGUGGACCGAAGAGCAUCUCCAGGACUCUCCACAGACUUUGCAACUCAGCACGUUACUCUGGAACCACCUUUGAAUUUAACAAGGAGUCUUUCAGCUGAGACCAGGUCAUACGACAGGCCCGGCCCUCUUCACCUCUUGGUCACAGUCAGUAAAA